AAACAUUUAACUUUACGUCGUGAGAUAGGUUUAAAGGGGGCAUGUUUAUUGACUAUUUUAUUUAGUUUGUUGUAAAAAGACAAAAACAGCUUAUUGACGUUCGUUUCGUUAUCAGGAGGAGAGGAAAGUGUUUCAAAAUUCAAAAGAACGCUUUGAUGGUUGAUGAUGGACAGAGGGGCUACCAACACAAUUUGAAAGACAAAUUGCAAUCAGAAAUAAAUGAAACUCACAGAAACCGAAGUUCGCCCUCCUGAAACAAAACCGAGCAGGGAAGGAAAAAAAAAGUUGACUUUCGUGACACAAUAGGGAACUUAAGAACCACGACGAAGUUCACGACAACGACGUCUGUUGACUGGGAAACGACUGGAACGAGAACGUCAGUUUCGGCAGGAAAAAGGAAACUUAAGAUGCAGUCGGUCGGUAGGUCGACGACGACGACACUGAAUGUAAACACAAAUGUAAAACUGUGAUGUUCGUUCGCAACAAAGUUUUUCGUAAUGGCGUCUUUUAAAACAAUGCAAGAUCUAAUUUUUAAGCCGUACGUCUAAUGUCAUUGACGAUGGAGAAUUUUUUGUGUUGUCUGACCUUUUCGAGUGGAAAAACACCUGCUUUACGCUCAAAGAAUAUUCAACUUUCAACCUGAAUGAGAUGACCGAGUCCGAGUGUCUGUCAGAGUUUAGAUUUGGAAAAAGAGACAUUCUGAUGUGAUAGCUGUUUUCCAUAUAAAGUUUAUUUCCUAAAAGAUAUAUGAUUUGCCUUACCUAAAUACGUACAAAUAAAUUUCUCACUUACGAGUUCGCUCGCUCGGCCUCCACAGCUGUUGUCAUUCUUCGAAGUAAAAACAAUUCAUUAUAGUAUACUUUUAGUUCUCAUAGCCAACAACAUCACGUCUUAAGGUGGCUCGAUAUAGUUUUUCAGGGUGAAUACCUCCCAAGUUUGAGCAUAAACUACGUCGCCAUAAACAAUGUUUUGGAAAAAUUGCCACCACAGUUGUAUUACGUGAAGAUGAAAAUUUGUUAUGAUCAGGGUUGCAACGGCAUCGGAGUUGCCAUAGCAACGAAAUGACGUUAUUACCUAUUUUAAUUGCAGCAGCAAUCAGCACUGGGAACUGUUCUUUGAAAAUCAUUCACGGGAGCUUAUUCCUCCAAUAGCAGCCUCGAUGUUCGUGAAGUUUAAGCGAAAUCUGUAAGAGCGUUAUAGAAAUACUUUGGGAUAAAGAUUUUGUGCUUAGAAAUACGGUAAAAAUGGACAAUCUUGGUGUUCGGCUGUUAUCUGUAGAAAACCAAGCGCUUUUGACUUGCAAUUUCACCUCAUAGUAGUUUCAAUCUUUUUAAAAAACGUGUAAAAGAUUAAGGAGAUAGCUCCAGCCGAUUGCUAGAAAGAAGGUCGCGGCAGGGUAAUUCGCGCCUGAGAAGUAGCCUGCGUGGCAGGCGCAAAAAAGGGGAGAGAGGGAGGGGUGGGAGAAAGGCGCGAAAUUCAAUCUCCCAAAUCUCCUUUCUCCUUAAUCCCUAUCCCCUACCCUUUUCGACGCCAGCUACGCAGGAUACUUGAGAAGUUGAAGUCGAAAGCAAGCACACAGGCAAAGGAGGCUUUCAAUUUAUACACGCAGAUUUGACACCUAGAAUUUGCGUAGCUGUGCCCACACUAUAAUGUUAAACUCACUUAAUUUGCCGAAAUACUCUCCAGUUUCCGCAAAAGAAAGCUCAGAUGUUAAUUAUCAAUUCUUAACUUACCUCCAAAGAGUUUUAAAACAGCAAAAACAAUCCUCUACAGGGCUGUAUUUGAAUUACAAUUAAAUCUUUUUUUAAUUUUAAGUCUUUACAUUUUUGACUCUAGAAAUUUAUUUUGCGAUAAGGUAGACGUGGCCUUAUAGAUUGCAUAUCUGUACGAAUUCGGACAUGUUUUUAUACUUCCAUAUAUUUUUAAACCGAUCAGCCUUUCGCCGUCCACACGAAACCAUCCAGUGAUGCGGGCCCACCGAAAUCGCUUUUUUUUUUAAACCUUUCUCCCGGAAAAGAAAACCGUCCAACAGUUUAAUAUGGAAAUAAUCGAAAUAUUGUGGACAAGGCCUAAAAUACUUGAAAGAAAAAAAAAACGAGAACAAUGAACAAAGGCCUACGCGUUUUUUAUCAUUUAUUUGAUGGUUUAACAUCAUGCAUGUUGUUCUGAUCGCAAUCCGUUAUGGUAAAAAAGGAACAAAUAUGUAAAUCAUUAACUUCACAGGUUUUUUUUCAAUACAAUAGAUUCUCAUUAAUUCUUGCGAGUACCAAAAUAGAAUAAUGAGUCAACUUCAUUCACCCAUGCGCAAAUAACCCUUAAUUGAUUUUUGAAAUUUCUUAACGGCUUAUCGUAGUUUCCAGCUAGUCUCUCCUGAACAAUCAUGGAUCGCUUGUGUUUAACGAUGCGUGAUGAAAGUUACUGCUGCUAAAGCCGUUCGUUCUAUUGCAAGGUAUAACAUUUGAACUGUACCAGAAACGCUGUGAAGAAAUUCUGAGGUAUGUUCAGUUUUUCCUUUUUCUUUUUCCUCAGUUUCGAGUUAUCAGGCUACCGCAAGUAAAAAUUCAGUCGUUGAAGGAUAAAGGAACUUAACGAAGGCAUGCAUGAUCAGCUUAUGGUAGAAAAACAAACAAGAGAUUUGAAGAGGUACCUAUCCAAGUAAGAGGUCACCUUCACGCGGACAAUCAUAAAGUGACAGAAGAAUAUAAAAGGUUUUAAUAUGGUGACAGAAAACUUGGUUAGUUUCAUAGGAUACCUGAGGUUACUAUAACUUCAUCACACGGUUAUAUUAGACCCGGCCACGAGUUGAAGUAUGUCUUUCUCUGGACAAUAUUUGCUACCGAGUGAUACAUUAGGCAAUAAUAAUUAGUUUUACGUGCAUUGUCCCAAUGACCAAACAGAGUACUUUAUAAAGUUGUUAUUACUUUAAUUACUUCAAAAAUGGGACAUGGCUGUUAGAGGAAAAAGUAGAAAUUAUAAUGUGACAAGUUCCUUCUUAGCCUGCAACCAUUUACUAAAAUUGAAAAUCAUUCCCUUUUUCCUUACUGACGAGAGUCGUACAGAUCUUAGUUUUCAUUGCACUGUUUGGUUAUCAACGCUUCAAACCAAUUCUUUUUUUUUUUUCAAAGUGUCUCGGCCAAAUAAAGCAUUUAGGAGACACUAAGGCCCGAGGACAGAAUUUUUAAGAUAUAUACUUAGCGUACUUGUCGUUUUUAUUCCAAAUGAAUCAAGAAAGAAAUAAAAAUAGUACUCGAAUUGAAAUGCAUUUUAAGAAUCUUUUUGUUUGUGUCCUAAUCUAAGUAAUGAUGACAUAAUUUCUGCUUAAAGGCCAGGUCUGAAAACGGGUAUGGAUUUUAGAAGCCAGGUCUGAAAGCAGGCGUGGAAAGUGACAUUUUUGGCCUGAAAUAGGGUCAGGAUUUGAAGAACCGGGCGGAACACCCCAGCGGAUUUUCUUCCAGUCGCUUUAGGGUAGUAAAUAAUGCAAAAAACGGCCGAGGUUUAAAUAAUAGGGCUACACGGGAAUCACAAGAGAGAUAUUCAGCUUGCUUUUUUAUUGGGUACGUUGAUUUUCUCAGUACAUAUUUUUGUUUUGUUUACUCUAUUUAGGUAACUCAAUCUAAGAGAAGUGCAGUCAUAAGUUGAUCAAAAGUGCGACCCAAAACGAAAUGCAUUUAAAACGUAAGUGCCUGUAACAACACCUCCUCUCCUUAGCUUACCCUCAUCUUUCUCUUUCCUUUAAUACAAUUCUUACAACUUACUUCAAUGAAUUCCCAACUAUAUGCCUUACUAGCUCAGUCCAACACGUAAGACAAAAAAACGGAGUCUGAUUGACCCGGCUUUGAGUUAGAUAAUGUAAUAUUAAUGCCGGGUUAGGGAUUUUAUACUAGCUAGGGCCAGGAGACACGGCCUGUGUUAAUUAGGUAAUCACUGAUUUCAAAAACCUAAGACGAUAACAUUUUGACUGCCCGAUAAAGACUAUUUCAAGAAAUCAUAUCUUUAACUAAUUUUUUUGUCAUGUUCACUCUUGUAGGUCACAAUCUAACAGAGGUACAGUCAUUAAUUGUUUAAAAAGCAGUGAAAAAGUGCGGACCCAACUUAACUGGGAGAUUUUGAAAACGUAAGUGCUUUUUAACAACCCCGACCCCAUCUUUCUUUUGGUGCUUCAAUGAAUUACGUCUACUCAGGAUCUUGGCUGUUAAAGUUACUACAAAAUGGCAAAUGGCUCAUUUGGUAACUCGAUCUUUUGUUCUUUUCUUUUUGCGCAGUAGCAUCCAGGCGAACUCAAAAUCAUUCAAAAUCGCUGAAAUACCACGUUUGAGGCAAAAGGACAACAAUAUACCGUAGGUAAGGUAAUACAACGUUUAUUUAACACUGAUCUAUAUAUAGUUAGCGAUAUAUUGCUACAGAAAGAUGCAGUAGCAGUAAACUAUGAAUCCAAGUCAUUCACCAAAAAACAGAUUGUGUGGGUGCCCUGUGGUAUAUCCUACAAAGGAAUCCUCGUCCCAGGGUCUACUGGUGUCCCGGCCAAUAUGGCGGCGCAGGGUGGAUGAAUCUUCCAUCAAUCACAGAGUCAGUGUAGCAAUGUAAACUUAUUUAGGCCUAUAAAGUACCUACAACAAUCUCGAGAAAGGACUCUGCAAUGUAAAAACCAAAAUACUAAACAAGUCAAAAGAAUUAGAAGGUCUGCAGGGCCGACAUAAAGGUAAGCUCAACAGUAACUGUUGACAAAAUUGUUACUAAAACAUGGAACGACCUAAAACCACCUAAAACCACCUAA